AUGAGGCACGGCACAUGGUCUCGCGCAGUCCUGCGCACCGGCGGAGACCUGUCACGGCAUGGUAGACCGCAGCUGGCGCGCUCACGACAGCCUCAGACGAGGAGGUGUCUGAAUACCGUCGCCGCCCCCGCCGCAGCAGCCCACGUUACGACGACGACGACGCCCGCCACCGCACAGCAACAGCAGCAGCAGCAGCAGCAGCAACAACAACAACAACAACAACAACAACAACAUGAUGAACAGCAACGGCCUCCCACCGGCCGCCGUCUCGCCAAGGAAACCAAACCCUUCUCCGACUUCCUGACCGACACCUUCCACCGGCAACACGACUACCUCCGCAUCUCCGUGACGGAACGGUGCAACCUGCGGUGCGUGUACUGCAUGCCCGAGGAGGGCGUGCCGCUGUCGCCGACGAGCGAGCUGCUGACGACGCCCGAGAUCGUGCUGCUGUCGUCCGUCUUCGUGUCCCAGGGCGUCACCAAGAUCCGGCUGACGGGCGGCGAGCCGACGGUGCGCCGCGACAUCGUGCCGCUCAUGCAGCAGAUCGGCGCGCUCCGGCCCCGCGGCCUGCGCGAGCUGUGCCUGACGACCAACGGGCUCUCGCUGCACCGCAAGCUCGACAGCAUGGUCGAGGCCGGCCUGACGGGCGUCAACCUCAGCCUCGACACCCUCGACCCGCACAUGUUCCAGGUCAUGACGCGCCGCAACGGCUUCGACGCCGUCCGCAAGAGCAUCGACCGCAUCCUCGAGCUCAACCGCCUCGGCGCCGGCAUCCGGUUCAAGAUCAACUGCGUCGUCAUGCGCGGCCGCAACGACGCCGAGAUCGUCCCCUUUGUCGACAUGACGCGCGACCUCGACCUCGAGGUGCGCUUCAUCGAGUACAUGCCCUUCGACGGCAACCGCUGGAACAAGGGCAAGAUGCUGCCCUACGCCGAGAUGCUCGACGUCAUCCGCGCCGCCCACCCGACCCUCGCCAAGGUCCGGGACCACAAGAACGACACGAGCAAGACGUGGCACGUCCCCGGCUUCGCGGGCCGCAUCGGCUUCAUCACGAGCAUGACGCACAACUUCUGCGGCACCUGCAACCGCCUGCGCAUCACGAGCGACGGCAACCUCAAGGUCUGCCUGUUCGGCAACACCGAGGUGUCGCUGCGCGACAUCCUGCGCCGCGCCAACAACGGCGACCCCAUCGACGAGCGCGCCCUCGAGGCCAUGAGGCAGAUCGAGAUGGACCGCCGCCAGGGGCUCGCCGACCCGAACACCCCGCUCGGCCUGGCCCUCAACGAGGCCGAGCUGCUCGACGUCAUCGGCAUGGCCGUCAAGCGGAAGAAGGAGAAGCACGCCGGCAUCGGCGCCCUGGAGCACAUGAAGAACAGGCCCAUGAUCUUGAUAGGUGGGUAA